AGCACGCCUCUAUUUUUAGGCAAAAAAAUGAGCUUUCCCGAUUGUGAUGGGGUGGAGAUAUUCAAUUUACUUUUUGGUCAAUGAUUUUCCGGACACCCCGUAUUCAGACAAUUUUCGUGUGUUUAAACAAAAGCAUGAUUAUCGACUCAAUAAUCCUAGGUCAAAUUACUGGAUAUCUAGUAGUACUCACCAUACAUUGAUGUGGAACUAGCACGACGGGUAGCUGCCACGAUGGAUUUAGGUGAGCUCGGAAUUCCUUCUAUUACAGUUUCCAGAGGCAGGUGAGGGUGAGAGUGAGGUUGAGGGCGAGGAUGCAACUUUCUGGUAUAAAACGUCAGUAUUCACUUACAAUCAUGUUUCGCAAAAUAGUAGAAAGUGCACUUGUCGAUGACUUCAGCCAAUGGCUUCCUCAUUGUCACAGAACUUGAUAGGAAAGAUUUGCACUGUACCAUUUGACAGUUAAAUAAGAAGCUCAAAUUGAAUUACUUACUUGGAGCCCACAAAUCUGGGUUUGCUGAUUAGUUUAGAAGGAGAGUGCCUAGAAAUUCUCCUAUAAAAUCCAACUUCGUGUUUUUAUAAGAAGUUUUCGCAAAAAGAAGCAUGCCACAAUUUUAGCCUGCAUCAUAUUUUUCUUGCGUCUCUUAUUCUGUAUAUAAGACCCAAUACUUGAUUGAAGGUGUGCAUUCAUUGGAGUUGAUCUGCCUGAAGAACAAUGUUAAGAGAUCCCCAUCCUUCAACUCACGGCACAUACAUACUUCAGCGAAUAAUUUUAUCACAGAUCUGUGUCACGGAAAAAGUAAUUCUUUGAGGAAUCAGACUUCUUUAUCUGUGUGGGAUAGAACAUCAAUUAUGAUCUAAGCGUAUGCCGGUUCAUAAAAUUGUCGAGGCACAUUCCUUUCGCUUUACUCAUUCAUGGAGAUGGAACAUAAUAGACUAUGUCUUGUCUAGAUACAAUACAAAAUCUCGGAUCUAUUAUAAUCAAUAGCUUGAUGUAGAAAGCAGUCUUUAUUCAUAACGCAGAGCCGAUUUAUAAAUAGUGUAAUCCCUCAUAACUAUAUUUACUUUUUAGUCAACAGUAAAAAUAGUUACAAAAAGGUUAUACAUCUAUCUACGGAUCAUUCGAUUUUGAAAUUUUCAAAAUUCACACGAGUCGUGUUAAGAUUGGCAUUUCUCACUAUUUACUAACGGAUGCUAAUUUGUUUUAUGAGAGACAUCGGCAUUGACACCAAAACCGAGUGGUAUUUAUUUCUUUUCCUUAGGUGAUCGUGAUUGUAUGGAUGGUACGGAUGAACAGUUUAGUAAUAAUAUUGAAAAGUCAAGAAUAUGUCCAUUUCAACCGGAUCAUUUUAAUUGUGAUGAAGCUUUGUUCCACAGUCGCUAUUUUUCUUGCGGCGACGGUCAAUUUCUCGAUGAACGAUCGAGGCAUGAAAAAGUCGUUUAUAACUAUGAUCAUGCUGCUGAUAAUGAAUUCCGUUUUAAAAAGGCAGAUGAUUAUUGUGCAAACUAUCGAGACAAAAACUAUGCAUGUGAAGAGGAUGAAGUAAAAUCAAUGUGGACUAUGGCUGUUAAUGGUCAUUGCUUGGUACACGGUGGAUCAACAAUGCCACCUGAUACGGAUGAGCAGUUAUGUUUAUUUUAUACAAAGUGUUUAAUGGCUCACGGAGGAAAACUACACGAAAAAUGCCAUUGUAAUGGUUAUGAUUGCAGUGAUAACUAUCACCGGUAUUGUAAAAGAGGACCAAUUAGUUAUCCUGGUGGACGUUUAUGGAAACCAUAUCUGAAUCUUCUUCUGGUUUAUGAUAUGAGUGAAUAUACACCUUAUCCAUUUCGUGUAACAUUUGAAUUUAAAUACAGUGUUAAAUGUAAUGGAUUUCAAGGUUUUAGUGAUAAUUUUGAACUACUGUAUGCUCAGUUUAUGGAUAACAUCUACGAUCUUGAUUCAUACAUCUGUAAUCAUCAUAAAAUAUUGAAAAAUGAGGAGGGCCCUCAAUACAAUAAGAGCUGUUCGAGUGAAUCUGAAAAGUUUCAAUCAUAUCAUUGUCCAAUAACAGAUAAAUGCAUUUCUCGUUAUCGUAUUCAAGAUGGACUUCUUGAUUGUUCAGCUGGCGGUUCAUGGCUAUAUCGAGAAUUGUGUCAUUAUCGCACAGAGUUUCCAUGUUUAUUAGCAAAUGUCGAUGAUCCAUUGAAUUUUACGGUCAAUCGUCCAUGCAUACCCUUGUCAAAAAUUGGGGACAGCAUUACCGAUUGUUAUGGUGGUUUAGAUGAACGAAAUCUUCUAACGUGUUCCAGUUCACAUCGAAUGAAGGGCUUUGAUUUCAAAUGUGGUACGAAUAGCAGUGAUCAAUGCAUUCCCUACAAUCAGCAAUGCAAGCAGCGAUGUAAAAAUGGUGAAGAUAAUCUUUUAUGUGACAGAUUACCUGCUUAUUAUAAUUCGAUACGUUCUGAACGUUGCGGUGCCUGGAAUGAGACAAGGUGCCGUAAACAAAUUUGUCGAUCCGACAGUGUUGUUGAAAAUUAUCACUGUAAUCCGGACGAUUUGCUGGCUACUAGAGCAUACAGAUACAAAGAACAACAACAUAAACAUACAUUAUACUUACCUCGUGUUCCAAAUCUUGAGGAAGAGAAUGUUAUAAAAAACAACAGUUCAUAUUUGACAGACUCGAAAGUACUCAUACCAAGUGAGUUUGAAAAUCUAGAAGGGUUUUUUGGAAGAAAAGUCAUUAUGAAUCAACUAACCGAAUUACAACGUAUUAAAUAUCAAGAUUACGUCAGACGUCAUUCAAGCGAAGCAUGGAUAUGCAAUCGAGGUGUAGCAGUCAGAAAGCACUGGCCAACCAAUCAAUCAUUGCCGACUAUCGAAUGCCUUUGCCCACCAAGUUUAUAUGGCCAAUUUUGUCAAUAUUUUGCCGAUCGACUAACAAUAAUAACACAAUUAUCAAAUGUUCCAAAUACAACAACUAUGAUCAAAAUUGUUGGAACCCUUUUAUUGGAGAAUAAAAUCUUGGAUACUGAGGUAUUUCAUGCAAAACCAUAUGUUGUUCAACAAAAGAAAUAUAAAUUUUAUUUAACAUAUCCGAAACCGAAAUUAACGAACGCAUCGUAUAGUGUUCAAUUCGAAGCAUUUGAUUUGGGUGACAGCGGCAUAGUUCAACUAUUAGCUAUUUGGCGAUAUUCUAUUCCAUUUUGUUUUCUACCCUCACACCGUAUAGCAAAAGUGUUAGAUUUUAGUAAAACAACAAAAUAUUUCCACAGUGUCGCAAAUAAUUCAUCACGAUGUCCACUCUAUUCGUUCGGAACAUCAUGUAAUUUAACAUAUAAUUCAUCGAAUCAAACGAACUCUCUGUGUUUAAAUGGAGGCUCAUUUACUCCAUCGUAUGAACUACGUGCAAGCGAGGAUCACAUAUGCAUCUGUACCAUGAAGUACUAUGGCAAUCGGUGUCAAUAUUCGUCCGGCAAAAUUGAAAUAAAAAUUAAUCAAAAUGGAACGUUUAUUCAACAAAUUGCAUCACGACCGGGGUCAAUGGGAAGUGUUCUACAACUGUAUGAUAUUGAUCCAGUUUCGUUAAAAUUAAUUAUCAAAAGACAAAUAGCCCAGAAACAAGUUCCGCACUAUUCCAUAAUUGAACAUAACGAAAAACAAAUCCCUGUUCUUGGGAUUUUAAAGUUACAUUAUAAAUAUCUGACAGACGAAGUUGAUCGUCGACAGAUUCAGUCAGAAUAUUUUCUCUUGUAUAUUCAGCAAAAUCAACAUAAUGUUAAUAUUACAACAUCACUGAAUGCUGAAUCUUAUUGUCCAAAAGCACAAUCGUUACUUUCACAAAACAAAUCUGAUGUUCAACAUUUUGCACAAAGUAUGCAUGCAGUAGUUUUGAUUCUUUCUGAUUGA